GCACCCCGCUGGAUGCGCGUUCACAUUACAACGCGCUUGGUAUAACGCCAUCUGCAAGUCAAGCAGAAGUAAAAGCAGCGUAUUAUAAGCUGACUAAGUUAUACCACCCCGAUAGUCAAGCGGCUGGUAAUUCAGAGUCUGAGGAUCAUAUUAAGAAGUUCCGAGAGGUGACAGCCGCGUAUGAAGUGCUCGGCAAUGUAAAACUACGAAGAUUAUAUGAUAAAGGAAUGAUGCAUGUGGGGAGUGAUACCCGUCCGCACGCAGGCGCAUGGCGAGUCAAGGAAGAUGACGAUCCAUCUUUGAAGUUCUACAGAUCUAGAGAUGUUAAAUCUCGCCCACCGCCCCCGACGAAUAACAUCCCAGUGUAUGAUUUCGACGAAUGGUCCAAACAGCAUUACGGCGCGACAUUCGCACGCGAACAGGAAUUGAAACGAAACGCGCCGUGCGCACCGCCGCGGCGACAUCGAGAACUAGCGAAGUCAAAGUCGAGCGCAUCCUUGUCGUGAUGGGUGUGAUGGUCGCCACGCUGAUGAUCAUCAACGCCGAUAU